AUGCCGCCAACGCAAUUUAGUUCUGGGGGUGUUCUCCGCGAUGCGACACUCCGCCAAACCCUCCACAUGUCUGUCGGUGCCCCCAAAAUCAAGAUCACCAUCUCCAAUACCUUUGGCGGAUCAGACCUUCCCGUUACCUCAGGCUCUGUGAGCCUUCCUGCAGGUGGUGCCGCAGGCGUUAGUGGCAUUCAAGCCUCACCACUAGCAGCCAUUACCGUUGGUGGCAAGACCAGCUUCACAGUCCCCAAGGGCCAGGUUGUCACUAGUGAUGAAAUUGCUUUCGAAGUCAAACCUCAAAGUAUGCUCACGGUGAGCUUAUACAGUCAGCAAGGCCAGAGUGGAAGCAGUAUCACUGGUCAUCCUGGCAGCAGGACGACAAGUUGGUUCGUGAGUGGGAACAAGGUCAAUGCUACGACCUUCUCCGGAACUUCCAGCGUGCAUUGGUACUUCGUGAGCGCGGUACAAGCCUACGUACCAACAGACACCAACUCCCUUAUGAUCCUCGGUGACAGCAUCACCGAUGGAAGAGGUUCCGACGACAACAAGAACAACCGCUGGCCUGACCUCGUACUCGCCCGUCUCCAAUCCUCAAAUCACACCAACGUCGCCGUCUGCAACCAAGCCGCAGGUGGCAACACGGUCCUAAGCGGCGGUCUCGGCCCACCCCUCCUAACCCGGUACAAGCGCGAUGCCAUCGACCAACCCGGCGUAAAAUGGGUCAUGAUCUUCGAAGGCGUCAACGACAUCGGCGGCGGUGCCAACAACGCCGCCACGCAAACCUCCAUCGGCGAUCGUCUCAUCUCAGCGUUUACGCAAAUCGUUGCUGAUGCGAAGAAAGCGGGUUACACCACGAUCGGUGCUACGAUUACGCCGUUUGCGGGCAACAGUUACCAAGGUGCUGAGAGGGAGAAGACGAGGAAAAGGGUAAAUCAAUGGAUUUUGACUAGUGGGACGUUUGAUCGUACGGUCGAUAUCGCGGCCAUGGUUGCGAAUAAGGCGAAUGCGGAGCAGUUGGAUCCAAAGUUUAACGGAGGUGAUGGGUUGCAUCCGAAUGUGGCGGGGUAUCAGGCCAUUGCUGAUGCUUUUCCUGUUGAUAUUUUCAAGUUGUAA